AUGGGAGGGACAAGCUCUAAGCCAGCACCGCACAGGAUCGAACCGGAGGCUACAGGAGUCGAGAUUUUCCAGGACCCAACACCUGAAGCAUCACAAGAGAGUAGCGCUCAUAAGCGACAGAAGGCUGUUGCUCCAGCUCAAAGCGCCGCGACACACGUUGUGCGAUCAGUCAUGCAGGAACAACUGCCACACACGAAUGAGUCAGGGGUCAAUAGUGAGGGCAAACAGGUAGCGAAAGAAGAAAAGCAAAAGAAGAAGCGAAAAAAGAGUAAAAGGGAGAAAAACAAAGCACCGCCGACGUUGCAAAGCCCCCAAGCAAGACAACAACACUUUCAGCAGAUUCAGGACGCGUAUUCGUUGGAUGAAGAAGCGAAAAAGCCACCAUUAUCGGAGAGUCGAUCACGUUUCUUUAAUUUCGAAAGCUGGAGAAAGUCACCACAGCUACCGUCGGACAAGUCCCGUCAUUCGUGUAAAAACGAGCGACCGGCGGACUCCCGAGAGAGCCAAGCAGUCUGUACGAUCCCAGCACUCGGAAUUGCGUCUCGACGAUGUGGAUGA